GCGCGUUCGUGGCUGAAGUCAAAGAACACCUUCCUCUGCAAGCUGUGCCACCGCCUCAACAACAUCCUGACCCGUCACCUUGGCUGCCGCUACGUGGGUCAGCUGGAAGGAAGCUCCGAGCAGCAGACGCAGGAGUUCUGGAGCAAGGUGGGCUGCAAGUGCAAGGACCAGCCGGGCCUUCCCUUUGACAAAGUGAAGGACCUGGUGGUCACCCAGGUCGUGCACCGCACCGUGACCGAGCACGCAGAGACCUUGCAGGGAGAGUUCUUGCCGCUCAGUGUGUACCGGGCAAAGGGUUACUCCGAGGCCGAAGUGAGCAACAUCGCCUCGAACUGUGCCUGGUACCACUGCAACCAACUCCAGGUUCCUGUCUACUGCCUGAGAGUUUUGAGCAGCUUCCACAAGGAAGCCCGCGUGAAGGCCGAGGAAGAGUGGCUGCAAGCGGAGCGCGCUGUCAAGAAGCGCAAGGGCGCUGCUGGCGUGACAGCGCCUGCGGAGGGCGACAAGGCCGUGGCAGACGACGGUGGCCAGCCUUCCGACUCGGCUGAGACCCAGCAGGCGGACACCCAGGCCCAGGUCGUGCAGGUGGACCUUGACCUCGUGGACCUCUGUACGGACUCCGAAGAGGAGAAGCAGGCUGAGCUGAAGAAGCGCAAGCUCAGCCAGGAGGAGAAGAAGGCUGCUAGGGCCGAGGCCACGGCCGCCAAGAAGGCCGAGAACGAGGCGAAGAAGAAGCGUCGCCAGGAGAACAAGAAGACGGCCAGCUUCGCGGCCAAGGCCUGCGCCGACUUGCUCAAGGCCGUGGACAAGACGAAGACAGCCCUGGCAGCCGCGAAGAAAAAGAACAAAAGCGAGCUGCUGGUGCAGGGACUCGAGGCCCAGCUGACCGAGCAGCAGACCUGGCGGAAGCAGUACCUCAAGGUGGUGAGCGACUUCACCCUCGACCCGGCGGCGGAGUUGCAGUGUCCCCUGGACAGCGAGGCGCUGAAGGCUGCCUUGACCGCUGGCGCUGAGCUCGCUCAAGGGAGCAAAGGAGGCGCCAAGCCUGGCAGAGGCAAGAAGGGCGCCGGCAAGGGCAGCGCAGAGACCGACCUUGUGCCCGAGCCUGAGGCCGCUCAGAAGGAGGAGUGA